AUGGAGAUUUCAGGCUUUACAUCAUCAUUAAAAGAGUCAGCGAUGGAGGCAGCAGCAUCAAAGUUGCCACCAAUUACUGCCUAUUGUCGGGUGUACGAGAAAUUCGAUUCUCUGACAAACAAGUUUAAGACGUUCGGGGGAAAUUCUAGCAUUGGGGCCCUGGAUUUCAGGCCUGAUGAUGGCAGUGUCGCUCUUGGUCGAUUAUUAGAAGGGAAAUCAUUAUCUAGCAGAAAAGAUACGUGGAACUGGAUGGAAGGUAAAGACAAGAUCUUUAGUAUUAAAGGAGUCAAAGAGUUUCUUGGAGCCGAUAGAGACUAUAGCAAUCGUUUUGUGUUUUCUUGGUCGAAAUGGGUGCCAAAAAAAUGCAAUAUCUUCAUGUGGAGGGUGGGUUUAGAUCGUAUCCCAACUAUGCUUGCCCUUAAGAUCGUGGUUGUCGUUUCAACUCUACCCUGUGUGCUCUCUGACGACUUUGCUCGCUUCAUAAUCUCACUUGAAGACAUAGAAAAGGCCACUGACCACUUUGCAGAAAGAAAUCUCCUCCGUGGAGGCGGAUUCGGAAGGGUUUAUAAAGGAACUCUUUCGAUGACAGGAAAGCCGACCCACAUCGUUGCAAGGAGAUUGUACUAUGAUUAUGGCCAAGGGGACCUUGAGUUUUGGAAGGAGAUUACCAUGCUUUCUGAUCUCAAGCACGAAAAUCUAGUUUCAUUUGUUGGGUAUUGUGAUGAAAAAGGCGAGAAGAUCAUCAUAAACAAGUACGAGGCCCGUGGAAGUCUCGACAAAUAUUUAAACGAUUCAAGCCUCACAUGGACCCAAAGAUUGGAGAUAUGUGCUGGCAUCGCACGCGCACUGAAUUACAUCCAUUAUGAUAAGGAACGCAAGUAUAGCGUGAUACAUCGUAAUAUCAAGAGCUCCAAAAUUUUACUUGACGAAAAUUGGCAACCCAAGUUAUCUGGUUUUGAACUUGCGAUGAGCAACACGAGUGAGCGAAGGGACCGUCUUCUGGUAGCCGAAACCGUUGGAACGCUUGGGUAUGUUGAUCCGACGUAUGAAAAGACCGGAUUUGUGAACCACAAGUCGGAUGUUUACUCCUUUGGGGUUGUGUUAUUUGAAGUCUUGUGCGGAAGAAAAGCGUUUAUUCCAAACGAUCAGCAAGCAGCUUCACCUCAAGACGAUACAUUGGAUCGAUGA